GCCUCGGCCGCAGACAUGGACAAACUCCGGUCCAUCCUGUCUUGGCCAAGGUCCAGCCGGGCUCGUGAAGCCCCGUCAUCCACAUCCCUGGCUAUGGGUAGAAAGAGGAGCUCAAGCCAGGGAUCUUCCAGGGUGCGCAGCCCCUGGGUGCCCUCAUGCCUCGGGCAGUCCUGCACGCUGCAGGGCCGACGGGCCAGGUCCUCGCCCUCGAUCUGGGACAGCGUGCUGCAAGAGCAAAAGAGCGAGCUGCGCAAGCGGCUGACCUACACCACGAACCGGCUGCAGAGGCUCGAGAGCGAGUUCGGCUCCACGCGCAGCUACCUGGAGGUGGAGCUGAGGCGCGCGCAGGAGGAGCUCGAGAAGGUCACUUUGAAGCUGCGCAGGUCAGGGAUUCAGACGAACUACAUGUCGCUGCAGCGGAUCAACCAGGAGCUAGAGCAAAAGCUGAACUCCUUGGGCAAACACUAUGAUGAAGAGAAACGAGCUCUGUCUCAUGAGAUUCUCGCUCUCAACAACCACCUCCUGGACGCCAGGUUGACCAUCGACAAACUCUUAGAGGACAACGAGCUCUAUAGGAAGGACUGCAACCUAGCGGCCCAGCUGCUGCAAUGCCGGGAGACCUUCGACAGGGUCCAAAAGGUGUCUGAGCUGCCCGUGGAGUUUCAGGAGCGCUUGAGCCUCCACUUGGAGAAGCACGGCUGCAGCCUGCCCACCUCGCAGUACCGCUCGGGCAGCGUGCCGCUCUGCGUGAUUGCCAAGGUGCUGGAGAAGCCCGAGCCCAGCAGUGUGUCCUCUCCCAUGUCCCUGUCGGUCUCGGUGUCCGAGGCCUCCACCCGAGACCUGGCCUUCCGCGAGGGGAUGCCCAAGUCGAGCCUGCUGCCCCCCUACAAGGAGGACACCUACUGCAGCGACUCCGCCCUCUUCUGCCUGGAGGAGUCCCGGCGUGAGCGUGACCGGCGGCCCAGCGUGGACGCCGUGGCGAGCAGCAUGAGCUUCCUGCAGACCCAGAAUUCCACCGACAGCGCCGCCGGGGAGGAGGAGGCCGGGGCUGCGGCCGCCUAUCCCGAGGCCUACCGAGAGGCCUACCCGGAGGAAUACCGGCGCCAGGCCUACCAGGCUGAGGGCUAUCAGGGUGAGGCCUACCGGGGCGAGGCCUACCGGGGCAAAUCUUACCAAGAUGAGGCCUACCGGGGCAAAUCCUACCAGGCUGAGGCCUACCGGGGCAAAUCCUACCAAGAUGAGGCCUACCGGGGCAAGUCCUACCAGGAUGAGGCCUACCGGGGCAAAUCCUACCAGGAUGAGGCCUACCGGGGCAAGUCCUACCAGGAUGAGGCCUACCGGGGCAAAUCCUACCAGGAUGAGGCCUACCGGGGUGAAUCUUUCCAAGAUGAGGCCUACCGGGGUGAAUCUUUCCAAGAUGAGGCCUUCCCUGGCUUCACCACCUCACUGCCCACAUCCAGCUCCUACUCGAGCUUCAGCGUCACCUCGGAGGAGAGGGAGCGCGGCGAGGCCAGCACGCUGACCGCCUCGCAGCGGGCCGCCUACCUGGGAGGCUGCGACCAGCUCUUCCAGCGCCCGCAGCCCCCCACCUACCAGAGCAGCCGGCCCUAUGCCAAGGCCUCCACGGCCCUGCUGCAAACCCCAGUGCCCCCCGAGUACGAGCUCGAGACCACCUUCCCGAGCUACCAGGCCGAGCCCUUCAGCCAGCAGGCCGUCCCCAAGACCUCGGCGGCGGCACACCUGUGGGGCCAGCGGGCCAAGUCCCCGGCCUCCCGGCUGCCCAAGGGAGAGGCGCGCAGCCGGCGCGACCAGUGGCGCCCGGUGCACAUGGAGGAUCUCGGGGCCCACGCCUUCCCGGCCCCCUCGAAGCGGCCCGCGCCCCGCAGCUCCUCUCAGCGCUACUAUUCGAGAGGCACCUCGGCCAACCUGCCCCCUCGCCGCUCCGGCCCCCUGUACGCCAACUACAAGGCCAACAACCUCGGGGAGGACAGCUUCUCCCACGGCCACCAGGCCGAGUCCUGCUUCCUCGGGGCUCACGGCUCUGCCAAGCCGAUGCCUGGCUAUGCAGCCAGCGAAGAUGAGGGAGAGAGGGAGAGGCCCCUGGGCCAGCUGAGCGGGGUGGCCAGCCCCGAGCCCGACAGCCUCUUUGGCUCCAGAGAGUCCUUCGAGCCCAGCUCCAUGGAGGGUUCCCCUGAAAUGCAUCGCGCAGCCCGCCGGAACCCCCAGGCAGCCCUCCCCCGGAGCCGGAGCGCCGGCGGCCUCAGCCGCAAGGACAGCCUCACCAAGGCCCAGCUCUACGGCACCCUGCUCAACUAAACGCUGCCCGCAGGCCGAGGCCGAGGCGGGGGCUCCCGCCGCCCCUGUGCGCCCCAGGACGCUGCCCCACCCGUCUCCAGUCUCUUCUCCCUUGAGCCCUGUCCA